AUGGCGGGCGCCGGGCUCCGGCCGCGGAGCUGGGGUCGGCAGGAGGCGGGCACCGGGGACGAGGCGGCGGCCGGGGCGCCCGGCCAGGGGCCGUGUCGGUGCGCGCAGGGGCGGCGGGCGCAGGCCGUCCCCCGGAAGCCGAGCGUGCCCGCCGCGUGGACCCCCUUCAUGGAGGCUGAGGAGAUGCACUGGCCUGUCCCCAUGAGGGCCAUUGGUGCCCAAAACCUGCUAACCAUGCCAGGGGGUGUCGCCAAGGCUGGCUACCUGCACAAGAAGGGUGGUACCCAGCUGCAGCUGCUCAAAUGGCCCCUGCGCUUUGUCAUCAUCCACAAGCGGUGCAUCUACUAUUUCAAGAGCAGCACGUCGGCCUCCCCGCAGGGCGCCUUCUCACUGAGCGGCUAUAACCGGGUGAUGCGGGCAGCUGAGGAAACGACAUCCAACAAUGUCUUCCCCUUCAAGAUCGUCCACAUCAGCAAGAAGCAUCGCACGUGGCUCUUCUCAGCCUCCUCUGAGGAUGAGCGCAAGAGCUGGAUGGCCUUGCUGCGCAGGGAGAUUGGCCACUUCCAGGAGAAGAAGGAGCUGCCCCUGGAUGCCAGCGACUCCAGCUCUGACACAGACAGCUUCUACGGUGCCGUCGAGCGGCCUGUGGACAUCAGCCUCUCUCCAUAUCCCAUGGACAACGAAGACUACGAGCGUGACGAUGAGGACGACUCAUACAUGGAGCCCGACUCUCCUGAGCCCGUGAAGCCUGAGGAUGCCCUGACCCACCCGCCGGCCUACCCGCCCCCCCCAGUGCCCACACCCAGGAAGCCAGCCUUCUCUGACAUGCCCCGUGCCCACUCCUUCACAUCCAAGGGCCCAGGCCCCCUGCUGCCACCUCCGCCCCCGAAGCGCGGCCUUCCUGAUGCUGGUCCAGCCCCUGAGGACUCCAAGAAAGACCCACUGGGCCUGAGGCGGACAGAACCUACCCCCAGGGUGCCUGCUACCUCCCGAAGGAUGAGCGAUCCCCCAAUGGGCAGCAUGCCCACCACGCCCAACCUCCGGAAACCCCCAUGCUUCCGGGAGAGCACCAGCCCCAGCCCGGAGCACUGGAGCCAUGGCCACGGGGCCAGCCUUGCUUCCAGCUGUGCCACCAUAGCCGCUGCCACCUCCAGGAACUGCGACAAGCUCAAGUCCAUCCACCUGUCCCCCUGGGGGCCACCCACAUCUGAGCCCCUGCUCAAGUCCGUCCACCUGUCCCCCCGGGGGCUGCCCACAUCUGAGCCCCUGCUCAAGUCCAUCCACCUGUCCCCCCGGGGGCCGCCCACAUCUGAGCCCCCACCAGUGCCAGCCAACAAGCCCAAGUUCCUGAAGAUAGCUGAAGAGGCACCCCCAAGGGAGACAGCCAGGCCUGGACUCUUUGUGCCCCCUGUGGCUCCCAGGCCCCCUGCACUGAAGCUGCCCCUGCCUGAGGCCACAGUUUGGCCUGCAGUACUGCCCAGGCCGGAGAAGCCGCCGCUCCCCCACCUCCAGCGAUCACCCCCUGAUGGGCAGAGUUUCAGAAGCUUCUCCUUUGAGAAACCUCGGCUACCCUCGCAGGCUGACACUGGCGGGGAGGACUCAGAUGAGGACUAUGAGAAGGUGCCGCUGCCCAACUCAGUCUUUGUCAAUACCACGGAGUCCUGCGAAGUGGAAAGGUUGUUCAAAGCCACGAGCCCCCAUGGAGAGCCCCAGGAUGGGCUCUACUGCAUCCGGAACUCCUCCACCAAGUCGGGGAAGGUUCUGGUCGUGUGGGAUGAAAGCUCCAACAAAGUGAGGAACUACCGCAUCUUCGAGAAGGACUCCAAGUUCUACCUGGAGGGCGAGGUCCUGUUUGUGAGCGUGGGCAGCAUGGUGGAACACUACCACACCCACGUGCUGCCCAGCCACCAGAGCCUGCUGCUGCGGCACCCCUACGGCUACGCUGGCCCCAGGUGACGCCUGCCACACACAGCUGCUGGGCAGAGGCGGUCACGGGGGCCACGGCCCCAGGCCACACAAAGGGAGAGUGGCCUGCAUGGGAGGAUGAGCAGGAGCAAGGGCCCUGCUUGACCUGGGGCCUCCCCAACGGAUGCCUUGUAGGAUCUGGCCAGGCCCCACCCAGCGGGCUGGGUCCACGAGGAUGGACUAGGCCCUGGGCUCCAGAGGACUGGGGCAUUCUCCUGCCCCAUGUGGCUGUGCCCUGUCCCACCUCCCAGGAAUCCCAGGACUGAGCCCUGCCUGGGCUUCAAGAACAGAAAGGCUGGUCCCCCCAGCACACCCAUCCUGCAGUGGGCUGGGAGCUGGGCAGG